CCUCAGGCCCCCUUUUGCCGCCACAUACACAUAGCACCACCAAACAGAGAGGCACUGCUGUAACGACGACAGAAUCCAAAAGAACCAAAUGAAUACUCAAGCUGUGUUUGUGUAUGCAUGCAUUUCUCUGAAAAAAUGUCUCUAAAGAGUCAUCAUAAGAAGAUAUAUACUGUUGUAUUUUACUUUUUCUCAGUGACUCAGCAAAUUUUAGGGAGCAUAACAUUUUCCAAAGUCCAUGUGUCUAUACCUGAAAACAGCCCCAUAAAUACUGUUGUCUCAGAAGCCUCUGACCCAGAUGUUCCCGAUGUUAAUUUUAUGAUUGUUGGAGUCCAACCUGAAUUCACAAUAGACACUACAUCAGGUAUAAUCAAAACACAACAGAUUUUUGACUUUGAAAGUGGAAACCCAAAUGCAUACCUGCUGCUUGUCAAAGCAUGGAAUGCCACCUACCAGAGCACAGGAAACAUUGAUAUUAACAUUAGUAACGUAAAUGAAGCACCUGUCUGUACACAGCCCGACUUCGUUGCAGGAAAAGCCAAUGUUACAAUUAAUGAAAACUAUCCAGUUUUUGAUGUGGUCUACACUAUUCAAGCAACAGACCAAGAUGUUGUCCAUGGUGAUAAACUCAGUUACAGCAUACAGUCUCAGGUUUCUACUUCAUCUGCUUGCCAGUCUGUUUUCACCAUUAAUCGAAACACUGGAGUUGUAUAUAGGUCUCCUGGAACUGUUCUGGACUAUGAUGCUGGUUGUCAGAGAUUUCUGUUGAAGAUGCAAGUGAAUGACACUGGGUCUCUUUCCUGUGAAGGGACAGUGGAAAUAAUCAUUAAUAACCUAAAUGAUGAAGUGCCAGUAUUUACACACUUCCCAUCGGAUACUCUGAAUGUUUCUGAAACCACACUUUCUGGAACUGUAUUAAAUACUGUGGUUGCAACUGACAGAGACGGCGAUGUGGUAACAUUCAGUUUAUAUAAUCCAACUGGUCAGGUGGUCUUUGGCCUGGAUAACAGAAGUGGUGACAUCAUUUUACUUCAGCCUUUGAGUUUUGAUGAUCCUGACAAACCCAAGCAGUAUUUACUUCCAAUUUUGGGAUAUGAUAACCAGUUUGUUCACACAAGUACCUACACGGUAACUGUAAAUGUGCAAAACGUAAAUAAUCCACCUUCAUGUGAUCCUGAUUUUUCAUCUGCUUCUGGUGUUACAACGUCUAUUCCAGAAAACUUCCCAAUAUUUUCUUCUGUUUAUAUGAUACUUGCAAAAGACCCAGACCCAGGAGACACAGUUCAUUUUUCAGUGAUAACAGCAGCACCACAAAAUACAACUUACUACUUUGCUUUAGACACAACUGAUGGAAUAAUAACCAGGACCUCAGCUCUUCUGGACUUUGAAUCCAGCCCUGUGAAGUACAAGAUUACUAUUUCUGCUUUUGAGGUAGGAAAAGCAAAUCCCAAAUCUUGUACAGGAGUUCUAACAAUUGAUGUCAGCAAUGUCAAUGAUGAAGCUCCUAUUUUUAUGAAUAUUCCAAGUGCUCAUUUAAACAUUUAUGAAAACAGCCUUGCCACAGUUUAUCAGCUAACUGCAGUUGACAGAGAUAUAGGGGAUCGAGUUUAUUAUGAAUUUUGCUCAUUAUUCACAGGCUUGAAAAUAGAUGAAGAUACUGGAAGAAUUAGCCCUCAGUAUCCAUUGGACUAUGAGGAUCUCAGAACACCACAUCAACAAAUAAUUGAAGUUCGAGCCUAUGACAGAAACAGAAUACACUCUACUACAGCUACUCUCACUGUUGACCUCAUCAAUGUGAAUGACAAUUCCCCACAGUGUACAGAAGACUUGAUAGCGGUUGAAUAUGCUGAAACAGUAAGCGUUGGAACUCUUGUGGUGGCCUUAGAUUGCAUGGAUCUGGAUAUGAAUUUGUUAACAUACAAUAUGAUUCUGGAUUCAUAUUCUUCAAAUAGGUUUACUCUGACACAAAAUGAAAUUACUGUUGGACCUGGAAAUCUGAACUAUGAUGACACAAUAUUUGCAGGAAUGCAAUUCAAACACACUAUAAUAGUCAAGGUCACUGAUGAUGGUAUUCCCUCUCUGACAAGUACUGCCACUCUAUUUGUUAAGGUGACAAGAGUCAAUGAGGUCAGUCCAAGUGCUGUUACCAACUCUUUCUUUGUGUCUGAAAGCAGUCCGCCUGGCACAUUUGUUGGAGCCGUUGUAUUUCAAGAUCAAGACUGGCCUUUUAAUAAUGUGAAAUAUACACUUGUUGGAGGCAGCAAUUAUGCUGAAUCAAAAUUUUUUAUUGAAUCAAAUACAGGUAAACUCAGGGUGUUUGGUAACUUGGACAGAGAGACUACUUCUCAGUUUGCUAUUACAGUUCAAGCUGUUGAUUUAGACAACGAUAUUAAACCUGAUCCUAUGAAUCAAAAAACUAGUCUUGCUGUUGUUACAGUUUAUGUCACGAAUGUUAAUGAUGAGCCUCCAGUUUGUAAUCCUGCACAUUAUGAGAAAGUUAUAUAUUCAACAAUUUUAACAAGUUUUCUGCAACUGUCAUGUUCUGAUAAUGACUCCCCUGAUAAUCAACUGGAUUUUACUAUUGUUGGAGGGAAUGUAAACAGUCGCUUUGUCCUCCAGAGACCAACUACAAACCCUCCAUCAGUAGCUACUUCUCAGAGUUUCCAGUAUGGUGUUUUUCAAGGUAUAGAAGAUCCAACAGAUUUUGAAUUGUUAAUUAAAGUAACUGAUGAACUUGGUGGCAACCGGGCCUUACAACUGACAACUACAGCAACUGUCAUCAUCCAUGUAGUUCCAUGGUCAACAACAAAACCUUCUACUGCAACACCAACAACCACAGUAACAACUGAAAUAUUAGAACGACCACGGUACUACUGGGCCCCUCAAGGAUGGUUCACGGCUGCAAUAGUUAUAACAGCUUUUUUAUUUUUCAUGUGUCUUUAUCUGUUGGCUUGGUGUAUCUUGAAAGAUGUGCCUAGAUGUGCCAUGUUUUUUCCUAAUUGGAAAGGAACAAUGAAGAAACCUAAUAAAAACGUGUUACGCUUUCAAGGUCCAGUUCCCAGGCAAUCAAACAAAAAUACAAGUGAAUCGAUACCGUUUAAGGAAGGCUCUACAAAUCCUUUUGUAAACUAUGAUGUUCGUGGUGUAGAUCCAGCAACAGGACAGUCUUACUUGUUUAACAGCAAAACUGGAGACAUUCAUCUAUUGAGCUGAGUGCCACAUUUCACAAUUAUUAAAAUGUCUUCUAUCUCCAUGUGCUGGUAACUGUGACACAACUCAUGUGAUGGCUAAAAGCUGGGAAUACUGUCGGAAUGGUGCCUCAAGGAUUCAAGGAUUUUGUUUAAGUGCCUAUUAUGCAAAAUAAUCUAAAGCACAUUACAUAGUACAUAC